AUGGAGGUUGUUAUGGUCAACGAUGUUUUGCCUUUACAACAUGGUGGAGGUUCCAGCUGUGGAGGAGAUUCACUCAAGGGGUAUAAUCUAGAACAGACACAAAAGGACGAUAGAAAUAUACUACUGUCGAUAAAGAAAGAAAAGGAAUAUUUUGAAGACGAUCGGAGAUAUGAACUUAUUCAGGAAGGGCGGUUGAACAAAAGACAGUGUCAGACCUCAAAUGAGACUGAGGAGGAUAUUUUUCCUGGUGUUCGUAAUGAAAAACCAGCUAAAAUUAACACCUUUGAAUGCCUUAUAUGCUGUGAAAAGUUUCAUUCUUCCUCAAGUUUUCAAAUGCAUAUCAAAUCUCGCACUGGCGAAAUAUGCGAUAUUUGUGGAAAAGAGUGUUGUCAUGAAGCUGACCUAUCCAGACAUCUCAGGACACACAUUAAGGAAACAUUCUCCGUUGCAAACGCGCAAGAAAAAUGGCUUUCAUGUGACAAGACAUUUGAUUCACCUCCAAGCCUGGUGAAACAUAAGGAGGUCGACAUAGGCCCUAAUCAACAUAAAAGAGUCAUUUGUCAGCAGGAGUUUAAUGAGAUGGAAGAUCUCAAAAGACAUCACAAAAGUCAUACUGGAGAAAAUGGUUACGAAUGCAAGGUCUUUUCAAAAGAAUAUAACUCGAAGACGUGUUAUCUCAGACACCAUGAAACGCACGAGCGACCACAGGAUGACAAGAGUGAAAAAGCUACAUCUCAUACCAGUUCUGGAAUAAACCCAGAACACAUAUCACCACCAAAUUCUAGCGAUACGUACCCGCGGACGUGCAGGGAUAUGGGCAACAUCAACCAAUACACCAGAAUACCUGAUGGUAACAACAAACAUAGCUGUGAUGUGUGCGGGAAAGAUUUCGAUUUGAUUGGUGAUUUAAACAGUCAUCUUCUAAUGCACGGGCGUAGAGAACAAACAUGCAACGCUAAGUCCAACACACAUGCAACUGACUCUGGAUGGACAGCAAAAAGAGCCAGAACGGACACUGAUGAGGUUGCAUGUGUAACAUUCAAGGAAGAACCGACCGAACCACUGGGCGAUCUUAAGUUGGCCGUUUCGGAAUAUGAUGUGGGUGGUCUCGCUAGAGGAAACCUAGGGAAGAUGAACCAGACGCUGACCACUACGAAUCCUCAAACUCCACGUCCAUACAAUCGUCUCAGGGAAGGUGAAGACGAGAUGGGAAAUGAAGACAGCAACACCGCAGCUAAAGAACGUUCGAAGUUUGAAGAAACUCGUAAGAUGACAAGAGAAUCUGAUCUUCAACAAAACAAUAUCAUAAUAAAGAAGGAACAAAGCGAGAUCCCAUGUAGUACUCAAUUUAGUGUAACGGGCUGCUUAGAAAUAAAUUCAAACAACAGGGAAAACUCACCCUUAGACGAACACACAGCCAAGGUAGAGGCAAUCGUCAAGAUGUCAAUGACACCUUCGUGUGAUAUCAAAUGCAAACUCUGUGGGGAACAUUUUACAACAAAAACAGAUUACGCCAAACAUAUGUUAGAUCAUACACGAGACAAACCUUUCAAGUGCGCUAUUUGUAGUGUAAAGUUUUAUUUAGUAGAUGAUCUGAAGAAUCACGUUGAGAUGCAUGUAUACAAGGCAGAAGGACAACACAAAUGCCCAGCCUGCAACAAAGCAUUUGGAAGCGCUGAGUCCCUAAAGGAGCACUGCAAGAUACACGCCCUAGACGAAAGUCAACAAACUGCAAGCAAGGGUUCCAAGAAAAAGACACAUAAAACCAGGAAAGGUGUAAACGUGGAUUCACAAAUCAAGGAGUAUAAAGUACACAAAUCAAAACUUGUGUCAUCACACUCUGAAGUGAGUCUUUUCACGUGUGAUAUAUGUACAAGGAAAUUCCGAUGGAUUCAAAGUUUUCGUAGACAUAUGAAGAUGCACUCAGGUGAAAAUCCUUACAAGUGUGACAAAUGUGACAAGAGAUAUUACGAAGCAAGUGAUUUGAACAGACAUAUGAAAACACAUAAAAGAAAAAGGUCCGUAUGA